UAAAACUCCGCCACAAGCCUUGUUGAGAAGUGUUGGAGUUAAGAGAUCAAUCCAGCUGACACCAAAAGCUCGGAAACUUUAUGAAACAGCCUCUAAAUUAUCGAGCACUGUGAGAUCUUUGCGAAAACGAGGAUCCUAAGUACUAGACCAUCUUACAAAUCCCCUAAAUAACACUGUGGCUACAUUUGUUCGUAGCCAGAUCCUGUUGGCUAAUAAAGCACCCAAAGGAAGAAGGUACUCUCUGGACGAUAAGGUUUUAGGUCUAGUUCUCCAAAAACAGAGUGGUAAAGCUUUCAAAACUUUUUCAAAGAUGUUUUGCCUUCCAUCCAGGAAAACUUCGAUGGAACUUUUAAAUAGAAUUCCCAUCAAUGCUGUGAUAAAUGAAACCAUUUUUAAAAAUUUGAAAGCAAAUGUCAGUUCACUUCGUCCGCGAGACCGAUGUUGUACAUUUAUGUUUGAUGAGAUGGCUUUAGAAGCUCAUAUUGAUCUAAAUCGUACAACAUCGCGGUUUGAAGGAUUUGAGGAUUUGGGGGAAACUUCGAGCGGCCUUAUAGCAGACCAUGUGCAAUUGUUUAUGAUAAGAGGUAUAACAAAAAGUUGGAAGCAGCCACUUGCAUAUGCUUUUUGUCAAAGUACUACUAAAACCAUGGACUUAGUGAGGUUGCUAAAAACAGUUAUCACUGAAGUACAGAAAACUGGCCUGCAAGUUGUUGCUACCGUUAGCGACCAAGGGUCCACAAAUUCGGCAGCCAUAAACUACCUAAAUAGGCAGUUUGAACAAAAAAAUAACUUUUCAAGUGACUUAAAAAUUUUUGAAGUCAAUGGACAACAAAUUGUUCAUGUUUUUGAUUGCCCCCAUCUUUUAAAGGGGAUAAGAAAUAACUUGGUCUUAAAAAAUUUAAUAUGGCAAAUUGAUGGAACCAAAUAUGAGGCCAAGUGGGACCACAUUAUCAAGGCCUAUAAAUGACAACUCAUCUGGAGACCUCAGGUCAAUGCCAAGGCUGACAGAUUGUCAUAUUUAUCCCAAAAAAAAUGAAAAAGAUGAAAGUGUCCUACGCAACACAGGUAUUGAGCCACUCGGUUGCUUCUUUCAUCAGUUUACUUUCAAGGACUCAAAUAAUAGGUGGAAUAGAAGAACAACAAAAGGCAACAGAUACAGCAACAAUUUUAAAAAUUUUUGACUCUUUGUUUGAUAGUGUGAAUGGAAGCACACUAUAUGAACAAAGAGGAAAAAAAUUAAAAUGUGCAGUUAGUGCUGGACCUGGGCACAUUGAAUUUUGGAGAGAUGCCAGGAACCACCUUAAAAAUAUGUACUAUGUUAAACCCAAUAGUAGUGAGAGGAUUAUUCCCCCCUCAAUUAAGAAUUGGAUAUCAACCUUGGCUUCCCUGGAGGAGAUACAUAACAUUUUAAGUAGAAAGAAUAUAACAUUUUUCAGGCCCAGAAUGAUAAACCAAGAUCCUGUCGAAAUUUUUUUUAGCCAAGUUCGACAACAUGCCGGUCGUAAUUCUAAUCCGACCAUACAUAAUUUUAAGAAUUAUUUUAAGACCUUGCUAAUAAACAACUUCACAGCAAGGCAUUCACUAUCAGCAAAUUGUGAGGAUGAUGAUAGUUCUCAUAUCAUUUCUUCUGUAAGGCAAUUUGUAACUAUGGGUGUGCCUGAAGAGAUGGAUAUGGACAUUGAGGAAUAUGAAAAACUCAUGUCUGGAAUCUCUUUACCAACAGGUACUACAAAAAAAUAUAUUGACCAAAUUAGUAUUGGCUAUGUUAGUGGUUUUAUUUAAAAAAAAAUAAAACAACUAAAACAUGUAUAAUUUGUAAAUGUAACAUUAUCUGCCAAGAAAAAAAUCAAUGGCAUGAUCUAUGUAGUGUAAAAGAGUAUGCAAGCAAUGUGCCAAAUAAAUUAAGAUAUUGUACUCCUAACUUUAUAGAUGCUAUUUUAAAAUUUUUAAAAUAUUUAAAGCACUUGUUAAUACUUUAUACAAUCAUUCUUUUUUUUAUAAAAUUUUGGAAAAAACAUUACUAAAUAAUGUAAAUUUUAAUUUUACUUACUGUGAGCAUUCAAAUGAUGUAAGAAAAAUUGCCAUCAAACACUUUGAAUUUUUGUGUUGCCAAAAUUGGGCUUUAGGUAUUAAUAGGGUACUGUCAGGAAAAGAGUCCAGAAGUAAAACUAAUCAUGUAGUGUACACACAGGCACAUAAAUAUUACGAGAAAAGGCUAAAAAAAAAGCCAUAGUUAAUUUUUAUCAAUCCCGAUUUUUUUGGAUUUCAUUAUGUUAUGUUAUUGUUUAAACUUAAUUUAAGUAGUUGUACACUGUCCCUUUAAAAUGUUUUGACCAUCCCUAACAUGAUUAUGCAUUUUUUGUGAUCAUUUUAAAACAUAUAUUGGUGUUAUACAAGAUGGUU